AUUUGGGGGUGUUCAAUACAGCCUCAUCUUUCUUGUCGAGAAGAUCAACUCGCACGUUCGUUGGCAUAGUUUGCGGUGCGCCAUUGCCAAAAAUCGUGAGGAUAAGUCUAUGUAGGAAGCAGCAAAGGCUUGAUCGGCCGCCAUAAAAAGCGAACCACCUCAUCAACCGAGCCUUCAGAGGAUUGCCGCAAAAGUUAGUUGUCCAUCCUCAUUGCAUUGUGUAGCUUGUUAGCAUUUUUAGAUAAUUCGGUUUCCCCUCCUGAUAGCGCGGAACAUACACCAUCAUCACGAUGACGAAUUCGAUGAGAGAUACCAUCUUAGCCGACGAGACCAUUGGUCCUGUAGUACGUGAGGUGGAACGUACCUUGCUGUUUACUGAUGUUCCAUGUGGAGCCAUGAAGACGAGAGACUGUGAUCAGGCACAGUGUGCCGACACGGACGAUGAUGUGGCCCAGGGUUUCCUAAAGUUUUGCGGGGGGCUGGAACGUGCCUUUUGCUUCACUGAUCUGGAAGAUAUUGAUGAGUCCGAAAUGGAGAGAAUCAAGUCCUUGAGCGUCAUUGAAAACGCAACAUCGACGACGACACCGGUGAAGGAUACCCCAAUUGUCGAAACUGCCGACACUGAAUCGUGCAGCGAUGACAGCAACCCCGCUGCCAUGGAGGUUGCCAUUGAAAGGCCUGAUCCUCCUUCUGAGCUCAAGGAAUCAACUAAGGAGGAAGAGACAGCAGCUCCAACAGAGGGUGCUGCUCAGGGAGGGGAUGUGGCCCAAUCAGGAGAUGCCGAAGUCACCGAGGAGGCUGUUGCCAAGGCCGAAGAAACCGGAACUCCUUUGGAAAUCAGCAACAAUGAAGCACCCAGGAUGACUCAGUCGGAACCGGUCUUGCCUCCUGCCAAUGCCAUGCAGGCAUCCACAAACACGCUCAACAAAAGCACCCCCACCAACAGCCUCCAAGCUGCCAAGGCGGCCAAGGCGGCCAAAAACAAGGAUGGAAAGAAGAAAAGGAAAAGUUGGGGACUCUUCCGCAAGAGUAGGUCCGCCAAAGCUUCUGUCGUCUAAAUAAAGAGGGUUCCUUUCCAGGUCUUCGUCAAACAGGUUAUAUAAACAAGAGGGACUAUCGUUCGAUUGAGUUGUGCUUUCAUGUCAGAAGCUUGGCACCAAAGAAUCACCUUCAAGCCUCAGCUCCAGUGUCUUGCUACCGCCAGGGCACAACUCCAAGCAUUAUCUUUUCAAUGUGUUGAGAUCUAAGCCUUUGUAGUUACUAAUGUUGGCUUACUAAGCAGUAUUUGUUGCAUUUU